AUGGCCUCAUCCAACAGGCACUGGCCGAGCAUGUUCAAGUCCAAACCCUGCAACGCCCACCACCAGUGGCAACAUGACAUCAACGCAUAUCAACAGAGAACUCCCUAUGCAUCAGGUGAUGGUUGCGAGGAGCGCAGCCCGGAGCCGAAGCCGAGAUGGAACCCUAAGCCGGAGCAAAUCCGCAUCCUGGAAGCUAUCUUCAACUCCGGCAUGGUGAACCCACCGCGCGACGAGAUUCGAAGAAUCCGAGCCCAGCUACAGGAGUACGGCCAGGUCGGCGACGCCAACGUCUUUUACUGGUUCCAGAAUCGCAAGUCCCGGAGCAAGAACAAACAGCGCCAUCUCCAAGGCGCCCGGCUGCAGCCGCGGCCCUCUGUCCCUGCUUCUCCAUCUCCACCCCCUGUAACCACCAAGCCCGCCGCCACCGCCGCCGCCACAUCUUCGUCUUCCUCGUCUUCCGAGCAAACCACCGGGUCUGAUAAAACCCUACUGCCGGUGGCUUCGAUGGGUAGUGCACUGACAACUACGAUGCGUUCGACGCUGCCGGCGACAUCAAUGAACCCAAUGUACCUUCAUGGUCCCGGUCCAGCAGAGUUCGGCAUUGAGUCCUUUCUUCCCGAGGGCCCACAUGGGUACUGCUUUACAGGGACGGACCUGAUGGGGAUCGUCGGUGUUCCCGAGCAAGCAGUGGUUGCCUACCCGGGACUGUGGGGUGAACUCAUGGGGCAAAACCAGGAGUGCAAGAGUGGGGAGGAUGCAACCAAGGUUAAGAUGCAAUUACACCAUCUUUAUGGUAUUGGAGCUUCUGCUGCUGGCUCCGCUGCCACUGCUACAGGUGUUUCAACUGCUAGUGCUACUGUUACUUGUGUUAAUGCUUCUGCUCGUGGUGCAACAGCUGCUGCUGCUACUUUUUCUAGCCCUAUCUGUGAGAUCCAAGCUUUGGGAGACGGUGGUGCAGCGAGAUCAACGGUGUUCACGAACGAGGUGGCCUUCGAGGUGGCGGCCGGACCGCUAAAUAUUAAGGAGACUUUCGGGCACGAGGCCGUCCUCUUGGAUCACUCCGGCCACCCUGUCCUCACCGACGAGUGGGGUGUCACCAUCCAUCCUCUCCAACAUGGAGCCUGCUACUACCUGGUCUCCUUCCACUUUCCAUCUCUCCAAUUCAACAUGUUAAGUAGAAAAUGCCAUGAGAUGCUAAUGUUUGGUCAUCUUCAGGUCUAG